AGGAGCAGCUUCUGCUACCUUUAGGAGGCGCUUUGUUUCUCCCCUCCUCCUCCUCCUCCUCCUCCUCCUCUCCAACCGUCUCCCGACGGACCGCGCAAACCGAGCGCUUCUCCUCCCCGGCUAUCCUUCAGCCGCUUGCCAAAGGCGGUUUGCAACCACCACGCCGGGAGUCACCCUCAGCUCCGCUUGUUCAGCAUGGAGAAAGGGGGUUUCAAGAGGCUCGGGCGGCUCUUCCACCACAGGAGCGAGUCCGAGGACUCAGAACCGGACCUGGGCAAGGAUACGCCGCUUUCCUCUCCUUGUCCGUCGCCGUGCUUAGAAGGGCGGCGGGAACAUCGCGCCAGCUGCUCCUCCACCACCACCACCGUUUCCGGAGAGCGCAAGAAGCGGUCGGCUUUCGGACACUGGCGCUUGAAGAAGAAACAGCACCAGCAGCAGAGUAAGGAGGAAGAGGCAGCGGUGGACCCUUCUUCCCUCUUUGCGCCUUCCUUCGACGACUCGGAGCCCACGACUCCCACUAACAGCUACUUUGACAUGCCUGAUCUGCAGGAAAGACAGCAACCUACUCAGGAAAGACAACAACCUCUGAUUCCAACACAAAAUUCACAGUAUCCUUAUGGUAUCUCAGUGGAUUCAAUAUCUUCGUCUACAUUGCCAGCUUCAUUUAAAAAGGUGAUCAAGAAGAUCCUGUUGGAAGGUGCCGAAAUGCUGCUUGUUGCACCCCACUGGCCGAGACGAUCCUGGUUUGCCGACCUUGUUGACCUAUCAGCGACCAAAUGCUGGUGCAUUCCUCAGGAGCAGAUCUCCCUCAGCCAGAGGGCCAUUCAGCACCCGGACUCUCAGUGGCUCCAGUUGGCCGGCAGAUUGGACAAGGGUCUUGCCCUCAACACCCUUCAGAAGCAGACGGCCGCUUUGGCCACCAUCUUGUCAGAGACCAUUCUACACCACUCAGCAGACAUCCCAGGGUUCGCAGCUUCGUGA